GUAACUCUGUAGCGCGGGGAAUUUCGAGUGGCAGCAGAGCGCGGGAGACCAGUGGGUAGCGGACCCUCCCAGCCUCUUUCGGGGAGACCAUGGACUCCCUAGCCGAGCCCCGGUGGCCUGCGGGCCUGGCAGUCAUGAAGACAAUAGAUGAUUUGCUGCGGUGUGGUAUUUGCUUUGAAUAUUUCAACAUUGCAAUGAUAAUUCCUCAGUGUUCACAUAACUACUGUUCUCUUUGUAUACGAAAAUUUCUCUCCUAUAAAACACAAUGUCCAACUUGUUGUGUGACAGUCACAGAGCCGGACCUGAAAAAUAACCGCGUAUUAGAUGAACUGGUAAAAAGCUUGAAUUUUGCACGGAAUCAACUGUUGCAGUUUGCUUUAGAGUCACCACCCAUCUCUCCUGCUUCCUCCUCUUCAAAGAACCUUGCUGCCAAAGUACAUACUCCUGUAGCCUUCAGACAUUCAUUAAAGCAAGGAAGCAGGUUAAUGGAGAAUUUCUUGAUUAGAGAAACUGGUGGUUCUGUGUCAGAGUUGUUGAUAAAAGAGAACGAAAGCAAAUUCAGCCUUCAGAAAGAGCUGAGCCCUUCUGCAAAGACCAGAGGGACACCUUCCAUAGAAAAGUCAGCUCCAGUUUCCUCACAGGCUACUGUUCCUGAGACACCCUCUACGUCGGCCUUCAAACAAGUUACUAAAGUGGAUUGUCCUGUUUGUGGGGUUAAUAUUCCAGAAAAUCACAUUAAUAAGCACUUAGACAGCUGUUUAUCACGUGAAGAGAAGAAAGAAAGCCUCAGAAGCUCUGUUCAUAAAAGGAAGCCGCUACCCAAAACUGUAUAUAACUUGCUGUCAGAUCGAGAUUUAAGGAAAAAGCUAAAGCAGCAUGGAUUAUCUGUUCAAGGAAAUAAACAACAGCUCAUUAAAAGACAUCAAGAGUUUGUACACAUGUACAAUGCGCAGUGUGAUGCUUUGCAUCCUAAAUCAGCUGCUGAAAUAGUUCAAGAAAUUGAAAAUAUGGAGAAGACUAGGAUGCGUCUUGAAGCUAGUAAACUCAACGAAAGCAUGAUGGUUUUUACAAAGGACCAAACAGAAAAGGAAAUAGAUGAAAUUCACAGUAAAUAUCGUAAAAAACAUCAGAGUGAAUUUCAGCGUCUGGUCGAUCAAGCCAAAAAAGGAUAUAAGAAAACCGUUGGAAUGUCAAAAAAAAACCUAACAAAAGAAGAAGAUGAAUCUACAGAAGAGCUUUUAUCUGUAUGCGUGGGACAGGAAGAUAAUAAAAUGAAAUUCUCAGAUAUGCCCUCGGUAGCAAACCAUUUCCCUCAAUCAAAGCUGGACUUCCCCAGGAAAUUAGAGCCUGACGGACCAGAUGAUUCUUCUAGUUGUACUGAUAUUCAAGAGGAAGCUCUUUCUUCACCAGAAUCAGAUUCGUGCAAUAGUUCCAGUUCAGACAUCAUAAGAGAUCUUCUAGAAGAAGAGGAAGCCUGGGAAGCAUCACAUAAAAAUGAUUUUCAAGACACAGAAGUAAGUCCCAGACAGAAUCGUCGCACGAGGUCAGCUGAAAGUGCUGAGCUAGAGCCAAGAAACAAGCGGAACAGGAAUUAGUGUGGGUUUGCUGCCUUUGCGAGUGCAGUCAUCAGAAGAUGGUACUUUUGUUGCCAUGUAGAUUUCAUAUUCAUAAAUGCCCAGGUGAAGGUGUUACAUUCUAAAUAUUAUGUUUAACUCAUUUUCAUUCUUUUCUGCCUUUCCAGGAAAAAAAAUUUACAAAGCAUCCUCACUUGGUCAGUUACCCCCUGCCCCUAAAACAUCUCUCUAGAAAUACUGGCAUCCACACAUUUACCAGCUUUGCAGAGGACUGAGACUUUUCAGCAAAAGAGUUUUGUUUGAUUUUGUUUUUAAAUUGCAAAAUGUCCUUAAGCCAUUCUCCUUCUCUUCCAUGGAGAAGCCAACUUCAGAAAAGGAUCCUUUAACCCCUCCACCACAAGGAGCAGUUGAGGUGUUCAGAGCCACUGUGUUUCUGGAAAGGCAGGAUGUCCUAACUCACAUCCUCCAUGCAUGUGAGCACACUAGGCCUGGAGGCUGGUGUGUGUGUUACAGCCGUUUCAGGGUGGUUGUUGCCAGAGCUUCCUGUGGUCCUUAGUUAGACCCGUGGGAGUAGGAUGUUAGUACUGUAGCCUGAAGGCACAAAACAGUAACUUUGCAACAUUGGGCACAUUCUUCAGAAAUGGCACUUACAAAUGACUCCUUGGUCUUUUUUUCAUUUGGGUAAAUCAUAUCUUUAACACUUUGAAUCCCAGCUAUUAAAUGGAAAGAAUGCAAUAAAUGGAUUUUGUAACUGAAUAGACUCUAUAUCAAUUUAAAAUAAAGUCCUUGAAACAGUCUCCUGUGAAUAUUUGCAUACAAGCUACAAAUCAUUGGAAGGGGUUGAUCAGAAAUUGUUCUCUGUGCAAAAUGUCCUCAGUUCCCAGCUCUUCCAGAGGUUCUCAUGCCUGUCUUUGGCAUUUCAGAACCAGUCCCCUGCCACGAGUACCAGCAGCUCUGGGCCUGCCUGUGUCCUGGUGACAACAGUGCCACUUUACUGGAGUCCACGAAGACCCUGGCGUUGGUUCCAUGGUGGGGAGCCUGGUUCUUCUCAGGGCCAAUUGUCCCAGCACCUCAGGGUGGCUGCCCCUGCUCCCGCUGAGCUCCUGGGAGGAGGAGGGGGCCGCAACCCUGCUGUAUAAAACAGCACCUACCAUUCGGAAGGAGUACAGGGGCAAGUGCCCUCCCAUCGGCUCCUGGAUGGCCUGGUGGUGUAGGAUUUCUUCUCUGCUCACCCAAGAGGCCCUUGCCUGGAGAGGAUUCCAGUCAGCCAUGUGGGUCGGCCUGCUCCAGCUUCAGGAAGUUGUCAGAAUGCCACAGCUCCUCUCGUGUACCAUCCCUUCAACUCCUGCAGGUACCGUGGGCUCCCCUCUCUGGUCCCAGCAUGUUGCGGGCAACUCUUCACCCCCACCUCCAUCCCGUGAUGCCCCACCCCCACCGUCUGCCAGGCAGCCAUGGUCAGGCUGGGCAGACGUGCUCCACUAUAUGUAAGGGGGGCAGGCUGCCUUCCCUGUAGCCUUGGCUUGGCAGCCAGCACUGCUCACCCUCCAGAGGACUGGCCCAUGGGAAAGGAGAGGCAUGCAGUUUCUUCUGGAGGCCAUGCCAACUUUAUUUGCUUGAUUCUUUUUUUUUUUAAUAAAUUUUAUUUUAUUUAUUUAUUUUAUUGGCUGGGUUGGGUCUUCGUUGCUGC